AUGACGCUAGCUGACAUCUCGAGGCAUUGUCACAACAUUACAACUAGCUAUUUAGCCUCUUCAGGCGGCUCAGAUAUUGUGAAUUCUACCAAACAGGCUAUACGACUAACCCGCCAUCAUUUACUCGAAGAAGUGUUCCGUCGUUGGGAUCCGUUCGGGAACCAGUUGUCGUUCUCAUACAAUGGUGGGAAAGAUUGCCAGGUGCUUCUGAUCUUGUACUUAUCCUGUUUAUGGGAGUUUUUUGUCAGAAAUACCGGAUUCUCACAAUACGGUUCACAGUAUCACCGUUUCCCUCUUCGCUCUCUGCCUACAGUGUACAUCAAUCAGGCCGAAACGUUCAGCACGCUGGAGAAAUCCAUUGAGUCAGCCCGAGAGCGAUACUUUCUAUCAAUCUACGAAUCACCGCGAAAUCAAACCAGCAUGCCAGAGGCAUUCGAAAACUACCUGGAGCUACAUUCCAAUACAGAGGCCAUCGUAAUAGGAAUACGACACACAGACCCAUUUGGAGAAAAUCUACAGUGUAUCCAGUCGACAGAUAGUGGUUGGCCUCACUUCAUGCGUAUUCAACCUCUCUUGCAUUGGAAUCUGGCCAACGUGUGGAGCUUACUGUUGUACUCGAAUGAGGAGAUCUGUGGUCUUUAUGGAAAAGGGUUCACGUCGAUUGGUGGAAUAAACUCCACGCUCCCAAAUCCAGCCUUAAAGAUUGACACUUUAUCUGGCAGCCUCACGCUUGAAAACCGUUUCAAGUGGGAGAUUUUCAACGCUUACGACAAGCAGACAUCAUCCGAGAAUGUCAACGUAUCACAACUGUCAGACGCUGACGAAGCAUUGCUGCAAAGCACGGGACAAUCGGGCUAUCACCCGGGGUGGUUUUUAACUGACGACUCUCAGGAGAGAGCCGGCAGAACGCGGAAAUAA